GAACAGAGGGCAUCAUUGUUAUUGGUGAGAUUGGUGGGGAGGCAGAACUCAGAGCUGCUGAAGCCAUUAAGGACUACAGGAGAAUCACGAGAAAUCCAAAGCCAAUCAUAGCCAUGGUUGCUGGUAAGACAGCCCCUGAAGGUAGAACCAUGGGUCACGCCGGUGCACUUCUGCAAUCAGGUGAUAUAUCUGCUGAAGCCAAGGCGAAGGCUUUGGCAGAUAGUGGAGCUAUUGUAGUGCCACAUCCUGGGGUCAUGGGACAGGUUAUGAACGAGUUGCUUUCGUUGUAUACUAACAAAAUCCCUGAACGAUCGGGUCCAUUAGGUCCCGAAAUAUCAUUCUCUAACCUUGAACCGGAGCCACCAAGAUGGCACUAA